AUUUUCUUAGCAAAUUCUUUAAAAUAUGAAUAUUUUCCAACGUAACUCAUUAUAUUUUAUAGCUAAAUCGGGAAUCAAUAAAGUUCCGUUUUUACGAUGUUUAAGCAGCAAAGAGUGUAGUGGAAAUGGUAAGCAAGUUAAGAAACUGAGUUUGAAAAAUGUCGAUGUAACUGGAAGAAAAGUUUUUAUGAGGGUUGAUUUUAACGUUCCGAUGAAAGAUGGUAAAAUAACAAACAACCAGCGUAUUGUUGCUGCCCUUCCAAGCAUUAAAUAUGUUUUGGAUAAAAAGUGCAAGUCUUUGGUUUUGGCUUCCCACUUAGGGCGUCCUGAUGGCAAAAAAAACAAGAAGUUCAGCUUGGAGCCAGUGGCCAAGGAGCUGGAGAAGGUGUUGGAAAAGCCGGUUUGCUUUCUAGACGACUGCGUCGGUGAUCAGACCCUGGAAGCUCUGAAAGAUCCAUCCGAAGGCAGCGUUAUGCUGAUAGAGAACCUUCGAUUCUACGCCGAGGAGACGGGCAGCAGCAAGGACGAGAGCAAGAAGAAGGUCAAGGCCGAUCCCCAGAAGGUGAAGGAGUUCCGAUCCAAGUUGGCGCAGCUGGGCGAGAUCUAUGUGAAUGAUGCCUUUGGAACCGCCCAUCGAGCUCAUAGUUCAAUGAUGGAAGGUUACAAAGUGCGUGCUGCCGGAUUCCUUUUGGACAAGGAACUGGAGUACUUUGCUAAGGUGCUCCACGAUCCUGCAAAACCCUUUUUGGCCAUUUUGGGUGGAGCAAAGAUAGCUGAUAAAAUUCCCUUGAUUACCAAUCUCUUAAAUAGCGUAUCCGUUAUGAUCAUAUCCGGUGGGAUGGCAUUCACCUUCCUUAAAGUCCUCUACAAUAUGGAGAUUGGAAAGUCCCUCUUCGACGAGAAAGGAUCCAAAAUGGUAGACGAUAUAGUCUGCAAGGCGAAGGAGAGGAAUGUAAAUAUACUUUUUCCGGUUGAUUUUGUAAUUGCAAACAAGAUAGAUCAGAAGCCGGAUAAAAUUGAUCGAGUUGAUGGCAAGCAGGGCAUCCCAAAGGAAAUGAUGGGUCUAGAUCAUGGCGAGAUGUCUAGCGCGGUGUUUUCGGGCGCCAUUUGUGCAUCCAAGACCAUAGUGUGGAAUGGACCGCCGGGAUUAUUUGAAAACGAGUUGUUUUCCCAAGGCACCAAGUCCAUGUUGGAAGCUGUCAUCGGAGCCACAAAGAGAGGCGCUACCACGAUUGUGGGCGGAGGCGAUACUGCCACGGCUUGUAUGAAGUUUGGAGGAGCAGACAAAGUCUCACAUGUGUCCACCGGAGGAGGGGCUUCUUUGGAGUUGCUGGAGGGAAAGGUCCUGCCUGGAGUGGCUGCUCUUUCUGAUGCCUAAAUUUUAAACCUAUGGAGAAGUCCAAAGGCUCAUUCAAAAUACAAAGUUAUGUUUUAUUUUGGAAUAACAUUAGUUGGUUAAAACUUGAUAAAAGAGCGGAUUUCGGCCAAAACA